CACGUUGCCAUCAUAUAACUAAAUCAUUUAUAACUACGGGGAACACCCCCAAGGAAUAGGGGCAUCCAUCCAAACUUUCAUGCCUCACUUUUUUCUAAUUCAUAAAGCUACAGGAAGUUAUAACUGAAUCGACUCACUAGUGAUCGAUGUCUGGACUCUGGGCAAAUUAAAGCUCACCUGAUGCAUUUAGAACAAUAGUGUUCUGGUGGGUCGUCAAUACAUCAUCAACAGAGAAAUUUACAUAGCGUGGCGGCACUUGUCCCGACUGACGCCUUGGUACGUUACCUAAAUCACGAGGGAUUACGACUGAGAACUAGACAUCCCGAAUUGAAUACAGGCAAUCGGAGUUUUCCAAACAUGUGGAAUAUCGCUGCUCUUUUGUUUUUCAAUGGAGUUCUGGGAUUGAGUACCAAGGCUAACGAAAGUACCAAAGUUGCGGUUAUACCAGAAUUGUGGCAGUAUCUACCAAAAGUUUUCUCAAGACUUCAGGAGAAUUCCAUACAGUUUACAAAUCUAACAACGGAUUCAUCUGAAACACAGUACGACGCAAUCGAUAGAGUGCAAACUUACUUAAAUGAAAGCCAGACGGACGUUAUCAUUGGGCCAUGCAGCAAAACAGUCAAAAUUGCAGCGGAGGAAUUGGAUAUUCCAUAUUUGUGCACAACCUCUGAUCCAGCACCGGAAGUUCGUACCUUCGAAAUACUUCCGGUUCUUACUGAUUUCAUAGAGGCAAUGCAUAAACUUGUAUACAGCCGAUUACGGAAGGAAACUAAUGAAUUAAAAGCUAUUAUCUAUGAUGGAAACCAAGGUUUCCAUUUUGAUGACAAUUUGCUAAACGACCGCUUGACCUCUAGAGUUUGGGUUAUGGAAGACGGAAACAUAGACAGAAAAAGAAAGGUCAUGACACAUUCCUUGAUGCUCAUGCGCAAACAACUUAUCCGGGAAAUCCUCGUUCUUUGUGAUCCGGAAACUGUGAAACUACUGUUAGAAACGGCUUGGGAACUAGCUAUGAUGAGUCUGCCAUUUAAAUGGUAUUUUUACGAUCCUGCAUUCCAGCUGCGUGAAAUACUAGAAAAUCUGCCUCGAUCUGCAAAUAGCUUUACAGUAUUUACACUCAUGCCAAGUUACGAACAUGGACGAAAUCUCGACCUUAACACUAUUCUGACAUAUGACGCCAUGUCUGUAAUAUCAAAGAUCUCCAGUAAUUCAACUUCCGGUGAAAAGAGACAGAUGUUCCUCUCUGCUCUAGAAAAAAAAUCAUUUCGAGGCUUGACCGGAAAUAUCCGUUUUGGCACAAAUCAUCGUCGAGUAAACUACAGCAUCAAUAUCUUCCACUUUAACGGAACAAAACAUUUCAAGCUAGGUUCUUGGUGGGCUGGGGACUCGCCCGAAUUGAGGGUCAUUGAGUUGGAGAAUACGUCAGAAGUGCAGCACUGGAGAAACAGAAACCAAACCUUUACAUUUCCCUUGAGAGGAAGAACCAUAAAAGUCGUCACCAUUAUUGAAGAACCCUUUGUAAUGUUCAAGAAAGGACACGAGAAUAGGACUGGGAAUGAUAGAUUUGAGGGUUACUGUGUGGACUUGAAUGCUACAAUGGUUGUGGCGUCAUUGAGUGUGAACGCACGACGCGAGGCAGCCAUAGAUUUCACCAAACCUUUUAUGACGAGGUACGUCACGGUGAUUAUGAAGAUUCCAACGACACCGACAAAAAUCUUUGAGUUUAUAUCUCCUUUAUCGCAAACGAUUUACCUGUGUACUCUGAGUGCGUGUAUAGUUGUCGCUUGUAGUUUAUAUUUCUUUGAAAGAAACAGUAUUUACGAAAAACGUGAAAAAGUCACUUUCAAAGAGUGUGUUUGGUAUACUUUUGGAACUCUUCUUGAAGGAGGUACAGAUGGUACACCGUCAACCACUUCCGGACGUAUUCUUAUUUAUACUUGGUGUUUCUUUGUUUUGAUACUUGUUGCGUCCUACACUGCAAACUGGGCGGCAUUUUUGACUGUUAAGAAAAUUAAAGCACCGGUUAAAUCAAUCUAUGACCUCGCUUUACAAAAGCAGAUACAAUACGGAACAGUUAAGAGUAGUGCAAUACUUUCCUUCUUCGAAACAUCUAAUGUGGAGACUUUUCGUAAAAUUGGAACCGAGUUGGCUAAUAACCCAGUAAACAUCGUCAACACUUCGUCAGACGGGUACCAGAGAGUGCGUGCAGGAGGAUAUGGAUUUUUCUGGGAUUCCACUGUAAAUUCAUAUAAAACUAACAAGGAGUGUCAGCUUACGACUAUUGGACCCGAGUUUGCACCACGUGGCUAUGGUGUAGGUGUCCCUCCGGGAGCCACUUAUUUAGAGGAAUUGUCUAUUAACAUUCUUCGAUUAGGAGACAACGGUUUUCUCGACCAAUUACAACAAAAAUGGUGGGGUGAGCGGAAGUGCCUCAGCGAUGACGAAGAGGAUGAGAAUAACGCCAGGGGUCUACGAUUAGAAAACGCUGCCGGACUCUUUUUCGUUCUGGGGGCCGGGGUUGUUUUGUCCGUCUUUGUGUUGUUUGCCCAGAACUUCAUCAGGACUAUACGACCACAAAUCAAAACUGGCAAAAACGACAAUGUUACGUAGCUUGUAAUGUGAUAAGAAAAUCGACUUUCAUUUCAUAAGUACGUAAUGGUGCUCGAAAUAAUUGAAGCUCUCCAAGAGAGUAGUGAUGCCAGAUAGAGUGAUUAUAAGAUGGGUAAAUGGAUCAAUAUUAAUUUUGACGGAAGUGCAGUAGAUAUCAUGUAAAGCAGGCCACAGUGAUGUCAAAAGUUGUAUGGUACAUGUAUGUUGUCUAAUACUGGUUUGUGGAGAUGUGUGUAUGUCUUUCAUUUAUUUGUCUGCUGCGAAAUAACCAUCACUUCUCAUUAUCCAUCCAUUAUUUGACAUUUUGUUGAUGGGUCAGUAUGACAAUUUAAUCAGUGCAGUGUUUACAUUUGAUAAGGAUUAUGUUAUUAGUUUUGUGUACUAGUUAUAUCGUGUAUAGGCAAUCGUGACUUUAAAUAAAAUAUAGUUAAAA